AUGCAGGGUUUUUGGGCACUAGAAGUUGACUGGGACGAGCGACUACCGUCUUCAGUGCAACAAGAAUGGAGAGAAUGGAUCGAUGGGUUGAGCAGAUUGUGUGAGCUGAAGAUUCCACGUUGUUAUCAACUGUCGUUUAGCGAGGAACCGAAUCUAGAGAUUUCACUCCACAACUUUUCUGAUGCCUCAGAAAAGGGAUACGGGAUGUGUGCUUACCUGAGGUUUGCAUAUUCAGAUGGAACUGUCCAUUGUUCUUUCCUUGCCGGCCGCGCCAGAUGUGCACCAGCCAAAACAACUUUGAUUCCACGUUUGGAGCUGCAAGCUGCGGUGCUGUCAGCGAACAUUUCAAGUUGUCUUCAGGAAGAGUUGACCUAUAAGCUGAGUGCUGUCACAUAUUGGUCUGAUUCACAAACCACAUUGCAGUAUAUCAAAAAUGAUAGUAAACGCUUCCAUGUUUACGUUGCGAACAGGGUAGCAGCUGUACGUGACAUCACGGAGCCAGAGCAGUGGAAACAUUGUCCGGGUGUGUUAAAUCCAGCAGACAUCGCGUCAAGGGGUAUGUCCGCCGGUGAUCUGAUCGAACAGGACACCUGGUGGAAUGGUCCAAAUUUUCUCAAGCAAAGUGAAGAAUUUUGGCCCAAGGCUCAGGUUCAACCAUUGUCGAAUAAGGACGCUGAGGUCAAAGGGACAGUGAAAGUGAACAUUGUCAAAUCUGUCAAAACCUCAACCGAUUGUUACAAACCAAAGAAGAUCACAACCGCUGGUCUCCAGGAGGUUAUCAAGCGCUGUGGCACCUGGGUGAAACUGACACGCUCAGUGGCAUGGGUAGUACGAUUCUGUCAAGGUCUCAAAAAUCGUAAAUUCCCUACUAGCAACCUCACCGCAGAGGAACUGAAUGCCACCACUUUACUCAUUGCCCAGGAUGUGCAAUCCGAAUGUUACAAGGAAGACAUUGACUGUUGGAGAAAAAGGGGCCAUGUCAAAGCUAGUAGUCCAUUAGCCUGUCUAAAACCCAUGCUCAUCGAAGGCGUCUUCAGAGUGGGGGGCAGGUUGGAUAAAGCCCCAAGUCUUUCAUUCGAGGAAAAACACCCAAUGAUCAUGCCGGCUGAUCACCAUGUCAGUGUACUGAUCGCCAGAGACUGCCAUAAAAGGUUGGGACAUACCGGUCGGGAGCACAUCUUCGCUGAAACACGCAAGAGAUUCUGGAUCAUAGGAGGAAGACGCCUUGCAAAGCGGAUUGUCCGAGGAUGCAUCCGGAUGCAUCCUAUGUAG